CAUUCAAGCACUCUAGUGUCUUGUCGAAACCUCAGUAAUCAUGGCGAAAAGCAUAAACAAUGAUCUGGUCAACGAGAGUCUAUGCCCAACGAAGACUAGCAGCGCGCGCAACGACGGCCUGAGUACUCAUGGUGACUGCGAUUCUAGAGAAGGCUACCACCCUUCUGCUAUUAGCGCUCGCAACGACUCAUGUACUCAAAGUUCGGAUGGUUGUGAUUCUGGAGAAGGCUACCUCCCCACUUCUUCUAUAAAUUCAAACCUCGAUCGCAAAAAUUCUAAACGCCACCACCCAUCUUCUAUCAACUCAGACCUCGAUCGCGAUUUUGGAGAAAGCCACCACCCUUCUUCUAUCAACUCAAACAACGACAACAAUUCGAUUCUUCUAGAAGAUCCUCCUCCAACCUACACCAUGUCACCAGCCGCAACACCCGCAGCUGCCGGUCCUUUACUACCUCUAUUUCACCAAGCCCCAGCCGCAACACCCGCAGUUGUAGUGGCUGAUCCACCCGCAACUACAACAACCACCAAUCCACCCACAACUACAGCAGCUAGUCCACCCACAGCUGCAGUAGCCGGUUCACCCGCAGCAGUUCACAUAGAUGCACGUGGUUGCUGCAAUAACCAUAUAGACUCAACUACUACCAGCGCCAUUUGUGGUUGUUUCGCAGGUGCUUUGAUUACCAUGGGUUACAUUCUCGCUCAAUAUUUCAAGGAAGAAAGCAAAACCACGACAUAAUCUUCUCGGUCAUCUUCGUCCCUCGUCGCUAAACUCGAUCUCAACCAACAAAUGGUUUUCUUUGAUAAACUUCAAAAUCAUAUCGAUGGGGUUUAGGGCUUAGGGUUUGUUUAUGGUGGCGCUUUGGAGGAGUUCUCGAGUUAACGACCGCUUUGAAGCAUUGGAAGGAAGGUUUGUGCAUGCGGCGAUGGCGUUAGUACUAUCAAGGGUGAACUCUCUCUGCAUAUGGGAUUGGCGUUUUCGAGCAUGGAUUUGAACGAGCACAAGGGUUUGUUUUUGCAUGCGGCGAUGGCGUUAGUACUAUCAAG